UCUAUAGUCAGUCCUCAGUUCGUGUAGGUCGACUCCGGGUAGUCGCGACUCUAUUUUCGCCGUCCUGCCUGAAAUAAACGCACCCCGAGAAAAAUUCAGGCGACGUUGCAGCAUGGCCACGCCGUGGGAAAUACGAAUUUCGGUUUAUCGGAAAAAUAAUGUACGCUAUUGCGGUUGCCGUAUUUCCUAACACGUCUCGGAACUCGGAGAAAUGUGUCGUUUGAUAUAAACCGACUGAGUGAAUGAAAACUGGACAUUUUCCGCGAUGUGUGUGUGCUGUUGUAGUGUUUUCCUCCAGAUGUGGCUCGGUGUGAUUCUGGUGCUGUGGCUGUGCUGUGGACCUUCGAUACAGUUUAGGAUUAGCAAAAGGGAAAUUGUCGAUGAUUCGGUGCAACGCUACUUGACCCGCUUCGGCUACAUGGACUCGUCCCCAGAUGGCGCGUUCGCCCUUCGAACAGAGGAAUCUGUACGCGACGCCAUUAAAGACAUGCAGGAGUUUGCGGGGAUUCCCGUAACGGGGCGCUUAGAUGAACGAACAAUCAAAUUACUCAACACUCCCCGUUGCGGGAUGCCCGAUAAAAACAAACAGACGUCAGGCAGGAGGAAAAGAUUCACGUUACAUGGACAGAAAUGGCCGUACACGAAUCUAACAUGGAGUUUGAGGAGCAGGGAUUUGAUGGGAAUGGAUCCGUAUCGAGUAAGACUCGUCAUUUCCAAAGCUUUGGACGUUUGGGCGAGACAUUCCAGACUUACCUUCACGGAAGUUGACAGCUCCAAGGCGGAUAUACUCAUCUUUUUCGUUAGAGGCGAUCACGGAGACAAUUUCCCCUUUGAUGGCAAAGGGGUGAUUUUGGCGCACGCCUUCUUCCCCAACGGCGGCCACAGCAUCGACGUCCAUUUCGACGCCGACGAGGCCUGGACGACGGUCCCCAACAGCGACGAAGGGACGAAUUUGUUUAAUGUGGCGGCCCACGAAUUCGGCCACUCGCUGGGUCUGUCUCACUCCUCUGAAGAGGGCGCUUUGAUGUACCCAUGGUACAAGGAAAUGGAAAAUGGGUUCGACUACGAACUACCCGAGGACGACAAACUCGGCAUCCAGGCCCUUUACGGGGCCAGAACCACGCGAUUAUGGGACAGGAUUAAGCCCUACAGGCCCCCAACCACCACCACCACUACUACCACCACGACUACGACCCGACGGCCCCACUUAAGGCCCAACCCUUACAACCCCAGAUUUCCAAACAGUAGACAUCCACAUAACAAUCCCUACUAUCCGCCUAAAAAUAAUCCCAAGAAGCCCAUGCAUCCCGAUAAGAAGAACCACAAUCCCAAGGAGUACCCAAGGUACCCGGUGCAUAGGUACACCACGGCGAGGCCCACCAGGUACCCCGAUUGGAGGCACCACAACAGCGAUAAGGAGUCGCCGAAGAGGCCCCCAGAUACGUGUGAUACGAGCUACGAUUCGGUGGCGGUGAUCCGGAGGGAGGUUUUCUUCUUCAAAGACCAAUACUUUUGGAGAAUCGACGAGACCGGAGUCUUAAUGCCGGGCUACCCCGCCGAAAUCCGGCGCUUGUGGCGCGACCUCCCCCCCAACUUCACGCACGUGGACGCCGUCUACGAGCGUCCCGACAACAAAAUCGUCUUUUUCAUCGACGACAGAUUCUAUGUGUUUACCGGAAACCGCCUGGAGCCGGGCUACCCGCGCCCCCUCACCGAUUUGGGGCUCCCCGAGACGCUGAAAAAAAUCGACGGGGCGAUGAUAUGGGGCCACAACGGCAAGACCUACUUCUACAGCGGGUCCAUGUACUGGAGAUUCGACGAAGAGGAGAAAAAAGUCGAGUUGGAUUACCCCAGAGACAUGUCCAUGUGGAGCGGAGUGGGGACCGAUAUCGACGCAGUCUUCCAAUGGAAGGAUGGGAAGACGUACUUUUUCAAAGGGACGGGAUUCUGGAAGUUUAAUGAUAUUUACAUGAGGGUCGAGCACCGGCAGCAGAAGCCCUCGGGGCCCUUCUGGAUGGGUUGCAGUAACAACCUUGAGGGGAACGACGUCCUGCAGAAAUUGCCUUACAAGCACCAAACGCCGUCUGGGGGGUCGAGUCCCCGGUUUGACGUGACAGCCGCCUUGCUUCUAAUUCUUUUGUGUUACUAUCGGUUUUGAAAACUCGCACUGCCUUUAUUGGAGAAUACUCAAAGGAAAAAUUUCAAGACUGUUCAGUAAGAAAAUGUGCUCAUUGUGCGUGCACUGCCUCAGGAGGUUUCCUGUAUUUGUGAUAGGAGCGUGUUUUUCGGCAUUUUUCAUACUUUUUAUUUAAGUAUACUGUGAUAUUGUUGAAAUUAAAAACUAAAUGAAACACAUUUUUGGCCAGCGGUACAAAUCAUGGUAAUUUAUGACUAUUUUAUUUGUAAAUUAUUUGAAUGUAGGAUCAGGUCCGGGAUUAAAGCACAAUAUUUUUAUAUAUUUAUAAUGCGAAAAAGUGCCAUUUUCGGCACAGCUGCUCUGUCUGCCUGACCUUUACAUUAUUGUUAUGCUACGUCUGUGUGAACAAUGAUAAAAUAUAAUGUAAUUUUUUAUCUAUCAACUAUGUAAUAAAAAAAAAACGAAACGUAA